CCACGGCGCCGCGCCAGCCGCCGCUUCCCUGAUGCGGACGCCCGCGAGCAGGUUGUUGUUUUUAUGAGGCGUCACUGGCGUCUGGAACCCGGACGCCGCCACGGUGACAACCGGUGCGGUCGGGCGGAGGAGGCGCUGCCUUCAGACUUGAAAAAUGUCUGAAAAUUCCAGCGACAGUGACUCAUCUUGUGGUUGGACAGUCAUCAAUCAUGAGGGUUCUGAUUUGGAGAUCGUGAAUUCUGCCAGUGACAGCUGUGAACUGACUCUUGGCAGUUCCUCAUUAGAGCAAGAGGAACUGCAAGUUCUUGAUGUGGGGCCUGGAGGUGAAGCAAACAGCAUGUCAUCCAUGGGAGAUACCAUGUUGUCAUCAGUGGGAGAAACCAAGUCAACAAUUGAGGUGGAGGAAGCAGCUUCCCCUGAAGACAAUGUGUAUUUCGCAACUACCAGUGAUGAUUCUGAUAUUGUUACACUUGAACCACCUAAACUGGAAGAAAUGGGGAACCAGGAAGAUAUAAUUCUAAAAGAAGGGCCCACCUCAGAAGGCUUUAACAUGGGUUCUUCCUCCAGUAGCCAAUACACCUUCUGCCAACCAGAACCCGUCUUUUCAUCUCAGCCUAGUGAUGAGGAAUCGAGCAGCGAUGAUAGCAGUCACGAGCCCAGCCCUGCCCUGAGACGCCGCCGCAACAGGAAAAAGACCAUUUCUAUCUCAGAGUCUGAAGAGCCGCCACUUGCUGAACCAGGAGAUGAAGCCCCCAAGGAGCCAAAUAAACGCCACUUUAGUGGUGGUCUUAACAAGUGUGUAAUUCUGGCCUUGGUGAUAGCUGUCAGCAUGGGAUUUGGACAUUUCUAUGGCACAAUUCAGACUCAGAGCCGCCAGCAGUCAGUCAGGAAGAUCCACACGGAUGAGCUGAUUGACGGGAAAGGUUACCUCUCACAGUGCCAGCAGGAAGCAGAAUCUUUCCUAGAUUUCAAGUCAUUGAAAGAAAACCUUGAAAGGUGUUGGACCGGUACUGAGGGAGAGGUUACCUUUGAAACCCAGAAAAAGAAUCUUGCUGCAGAAAACCAGUAUUUACGAAUAUCUCUGGAGAAGAAGGAGAAAGACCUGUCCUCACUGCAGGAAGAGUUACGGCAACUCAGGCAGCUGAUGAGAUUGUUGGAGGAUAAAGGCACAAGUACCCAGUUAGUUAAGGAGAACCAGGUUCUUAAGGACUGCUUAGAAGUGGAGAAACAGAAAACAAAGAGUUUCGUUAAUGAAAGGGAGACUCUAUUAGAGGAAGCGAAGAUGCUGAAGAGGGACCUGGAGAGAGAACAGCUCACAGCUAUGGCUCUGCGGGCAGAACUUGAGCAGCUGGUCCCUCGCCAGGCACAGGAGCACGCAGAUUGUCCUAGUGUGCGGACUGAAGAGAAGGAAGUCCUGUUGUUACAGCAGAGACUUGCAGAGUUGGAGCAGAAGCUAACCUUUGAGCAGCAGCGCUCUGACUUGUGGGAAAGACUGUAUGUUGAGGCAAAAGAUCAGAAUGGGAAGUCAGAGACCGAAGGGAGGAAGAGAGGAGGCAAAGGAAACCAGAGGGCUAAGAGCAAGCCGAAGGAGACGUUCCUGGGAACAGUGAAGGAGACGUUUGAUGCUAUGAAGAAUUCUACCAAGGAGUUCGUGAGGCACCAUAAAGAGAAAAUCAAACAGGCCAAAGAAGCUGUGAAGGAAAAUCUAAAGAAGUUCUCAGAUUCAGUCAAAUCCACUUUUCGACAUUUCAAAGAUACCACCAAGAACAUCUUUGAUGAGAAGGGCAGUAAGAGAUUUGGGGCUUCAAAAGAAGCAGGAACCGAAAAGCCAAGAACAGCUUAUGGUUAUUCUUCGUACUCACUGCAUGAGGUACUGAACCAGAACCAGAAUGGCAGAGGCCCCUCUGCACAGAGGGAUGGAGGGAGAGAAAAGCCCAGUCACUCCGAAGAAAUUAGAAAAAAUGCAAAUUCAUACACGUACAAGGACAAGUUUGAUUGCAAGGACACCCAUUUCACCAGAAGGGGUUGUUUGGGUACGUUUGAAUGUCCCGGACAAGAAUCUGCUAGCCCUGUUAAUGCAGCGAGUCCUAUCAGGAUGAAUGACUUCAGAGAGAUGAUUCAGUGGUACUUACUGAACGAACUGGGCACUUUUCACCACUGGAAAGAACUGGAUCAGUUCAUCAGUCCGUUUUUCCCGGAUGGUGUCUUUGGACAAGACCAGAAGCUCUUUGCCCAGUUUGUUGGUGCCGUGAAAUGCUACCUUAAGGGACUAGAGGAGUAUCGCGUAGAGGAAGACAGUUUGGAGAAGUUGGACGGAUACAUAUGUAGACACUUUGGGCACAUUUUCGCCCUUCCAUUCGGACCCAGUCGACCUGAUAAAAAGCAACGUAUGGUAAAUAUUGAAAACUCCAGGCACCGAAAACAAGAGCAGAAGCACCUGCAUCCACAGCCUUCUAAAAGGGAAGGUAAAUGGCAUAAAUACAGUCGCACUAAUGGAAGACACACAGCAAACCUUGAGAUAGAACUGGGGCAGUUACCUUUUGAUCAUAAAUACUGAUUCAUGGUUUUAUUAGGGAAUUUAGAGAAGUGGAUGCUUUCUACUUUGUUUGGUGUUGAAGUUAAGGUGAAGUCCCCAAGAUGACUGUCUUUUCAUUUCUAGAGACUGGUUUGAUGGCUUUAUAUUAUGCAAAAGCACAGCUUACUAACUUGCAUUUUCCUAUAGCUUAGUUUUGUUAAAAACUUUUUUUUUUUGCUCUGGGAAAAAAAAAGUAGUUUUAUUAAGGAAGCCAGGCAUGAAAUAUUCUGUGCAUGAACCAAGGCUUGGUUUGAGUAGCUGAGCUCAGCUGACACAGGGCAGGAAGUGCCACCAUCUUGGUGUGCAGUAUGGCUUGAGGAAUGAGCUGAGACAAGGACCCCCUCUAACGUGUUCUACUCUCACGCUUUUGUCUCUGUGGGAUCAAGAGCCCAUUGGCUUGUGAAGAGCUUGCUGACUUGUUCUUGUGAACGCUCUUGCACACCUGAGCACUGGAAGAACAAUAAACUGCACCGUGAGGAAAACUAAA